GUGCCACGCCCUACCCAGGGGUGACCCCUGAGCGGCUCUGCCACCUGCUCAAGUCCGGCUACAGGAUGGACCGUCCGGUCGGCUGCACGCAGGACAUGUACAGCAUCAUGCGCCAGUGCUGGCAGGAGCAGCCCUCAUCCCGACCCACGUUCGCCGAGCUGACCAUGUGGUUUGACAAGAUGCUGCAGUCGGGCUCCGAGUACCUGGACCUCAGCACGCCGCUGGUGCUCAACAGAGAGUACUUCGACCUGCUCGGCGAGGGCGACGACCGAGAUCUGGAUGGACCGAUCGAGUACGGAAACCUGCACCUUCUAGAUGCCGUCUACCUGCCACCCAGUAGCCAAUCAUCAACGGACGCAAAAUCGCUUGACAAAUCACCAUUGCGUCACGUCGACUGCCACCAACCAUCGCCACACGACUCCAGCCGCCACCAAUCGCCGGCGAAGUUGUGCGAAGGCAACCAAUCGCCACCGGCCGAAGGGGCAGGGCAUCUCACGUACUCAUCGCUGCUGCUGCGCGACUCAGACUCUGAGGAGGAGCGAUCCGUGACCUCACGCGACUCAGAGCCGCGUGACGUCCUGGAUGAGCAGCAUCAGCUGAUGUCGGCGUCGGCGUGAGUGUCUUUGUUGUGCAGCGGGGGUUCCCAUCACGUAAGCCGUGACUGAUAUCAAGUGAACUGCAACGAGGCUUCAGGAAGAGCGUGGCGGGAACUUCGCUUGGACGGACCUCGGCUGGCGCCCCUAGGGCUAGAGUAUAGCCACCUAAGGCUACACUCUCGGCCCCUCUAUGGCUGUACUAUAGCCCCAUGGCUAUACUAUGGCCGCAUAUGGCUAUGCUAUGGCCGCCUAUAGCUGUGCUGACAAUGCCAUGUUGCGUGGUAGCGUGAUGUGUGUAGGCUGGUAGGCUCCUCUGAAAACUGUUGCAGGAGUACCGACCCCCUUUGGCAUUGGGCUGUAUGUAGGUGUUCCAGCCUCAUCUGUGCAAUGUUUUGGACGCGCGGCUGGCGGCUCUCUCGAUGUGCGCAAAUCUUAAUGUAACGUGUUUACUUCGCGAGAUAUCAGUGACAUGGUAGGAGCAGGGAGCAUCAGUGCAUGUACGUACACGCGGAAUGUGAACGUUGCACAAGAUGCACUCUCUUCGAUUUGAUUAUGAACUGAAAUCAUAGUUAGUGAACAUAAUUUCUGUAAUGCAGCUGUUAUCUGGCCCUCAAAGCGAGUAAGAUCAAUACUCACCCACAUCUUACAGAGGUAGCGGCUUCUGCUCGCUCUCCCGUUAUCCCGCGAUAAAAUGUAAAAAAAGAAGUGAAUGAAACAUCAUUAUAUAGGUUAUGAAACACUGCACACCUUCCAUUUUCACAGUUAUUAUUUGAGGUAGAUUAUAUGUAGUGGUGUAAAAAUGUGUAGGUAGAGCAUUUUGAUCGAUUGAUUUUUGGCAUCGUAGCUCACGCCAUUCACUGCUUUUGUGUAUCCAGUUCAAUAACAAAGUUCAGUGACGCAAUGCUAGGUUGAUUCAGUGUCAGCAUGACAUGACGUAAUCGUGCCCUGCAAGACACGUCAUGUAACACCCCUUAUUUGAGUUGCCUUUAAUCAACCCAUAUAUUUCCUUUAUCUUUCAAAAAACGUUCAACAAUUCGCUUCCGAACCUUUCGGUAAAUCACAGUACCCUGUUCGGCCAUCAUUCACAUACCGCUGACGCCUGUUCCAGGUCAACAAGUGGUCAAGCUAAUUCCACUUCAAGGUUAAUUUCGGCCAUUGACCUACAUUGACAGCUCAUGGCAAAAGUCAUACGUGCAUGUGGGGUCGAUAUUCUCGUGUCUAAAGAUUGUCUGAAAU